AUGAGCACCUAUACAUGUGGUAAAAACGUUACUUGCAGCUCAAAUCAAUUUUGUUAUUUAUCAUCAUAUGAUGGACCAAGUUGCGAAUUAAAAGGAAGUAGAAAUAAACCAUGGAUGCUUGAUAAUUCACUUUUUCCACCAAUUAGAUAUAUAGGUAAUAUCCGUGGAGAAGGGUUAAGGUCGUCAUGUGAAUUAUUAAAUUGUUCAAGAUGGACUUAUUUAAAUAAAACUUGGUUAAUUGAUUAUUUUUAUCGAAAUUGGAUAAAUAGUAAUAGUAGUAAUUCAAAUAAUGAAACCACAGUUCCAACUGGUAGUUUCGUUAAUCCCCUUGAAUUUUUGGGAAGUUGUAGAUCUAGUUAUUCUUUAACACCAGAUUUAUAUUGUUUAAAUAGAAUUUGUGAGAAAAGAUUUAAUCAAACGGAUGUUUGUACAUCUUCAAAUCAAUGUUUAAGUGGAAAUUGUGGGGAUAUUUCAAUAACAAAUAUAACAAAUUUAGAAUCUGAAAGUAAUCCAAAUUCUACUUUAUAUUGUGUAAAUGAUUAUUCAAUUUGGAGAUUUUUACGUUCAACUAAUAAUAGUACUACUAGUUCAACACUAGCUGCAUUAACAAUAAUUUUUUUUACUUUAUUUGUAUUAUCGACAUUAUGUUGUUAUGCAAAAAAAGUAAUGAGAAAACAAAGAGAGGAAUAUAUGCAAAGGUCAGGAGAAGGUGGACUGCGUAGAGGUGGAUCCCUUUUAUCAACAAUAAAUCGGAGUAACAGUGUACGUACUUUACCUCCUUAUACAGCUGUAUCAGAUCCACCCAAUCAAACCGAUAUUAAUCCCGGAAUUUUCUCAACGUUAACCAAUUUUCUCUUUCCGGGAGAAUUACCACCACCUUAUGAAGAUGAAAAUGAUGGUAGCGAAGAUCAUAAUAUUAGACGAUUUACAAAUUUAAAUUUUAUUAAUGAUAUACAGAACAUAGACGAAUCUAGAGAAAUGGAAAGAGGUGAUGAAAGUGAUAGAGAAGAUCAUACUACGAUAGAAGUAAGAGAUGGUGGUGAAGAAGAGACUCCAGUUGCUUUAUCUAUGAAUACUCCUAAUGAUAAUAAUGGUACGAGUGAUAAUCCAAGCGACGAUACAACGAAUGAUAAUACAAAUGAAAAAAAUGGAAAGAAUAUUGAUACGCUUGAACUCAAAAGUAUCGAAAAAAUAGCUCGCGUUCCAACAAAUGAAAUAAAUGCAUUAAAUUUCAGAUUUACGCAUGUCGAUAAUGUCGCCGCCGAUUUCGACGAAAUCGAUUUCGAUAAUAUUGCUGAUGAUCAACCAGGAUCAGGCUUCUAUUUUAUACUUGCUUGCUUCAUAAUAAUUGGUAUCAUAUUCCAAACGCAUAAUACCACCCAGAAUCCAUCAAAUUCAUCUAUACAAGAACUUAGACCAAUUCAUUCAACUCAUCGCUGA